CAUCCAUUUCUAGUUCGCGUUCGCCAUUGUCGCUCUUCUUCGAAGCUUUUCACUUCUCCAUAUUCGAGAGAUCUAAUUCAACUGCCGAUCGAAAAUGUCCGGUCGAGGAAAGGGCGGCAAGGGGUUGGGAAAGGGAGGAGCCAAGCGUCACAGGAAGGUUCUCCGCGACAACAUCCAAGGCAUUACGAAGCCGGCUAUCCGCAGGCUUGCUCGUCGUGGCGGAAGCGUAUUUCGGGGCUGAUCUAUGAAGAAACGCGUGGAGUUCUCAAGAUCUUUCUGGAGAAUGUGAUCAGAGAUGCCGUCACCUACACUGAGCAUGCGCGCAGGAAGACUGUUACUGCCAUGGAUGUGGUGUAUGCUUUGAAGAGGCAGGGAAGGACCCUGUACGGUUUUGGUGGUUAGGUUAUCAGAAUUCAGAUGGCCAAGAAGUUUUUCUGUGUUGUGUUCUUGUAAUUACAGUGAAUGGGA